AUGUAUUACGAGAAUCCGGAAAAUGCAAUGUGUGAAAAGGUUAUGAACGGGUUGUAUGCUUGCAUUCAAAGGCUGGUACCUGAUUUGAGCACUCAAGUUAAGAUUAGAGAACAAUUAGACUUGUAUCAAAAUGCCCAAGCUCUUUUUGGCAAUUCGAUGGCUGUAAAACAAAGAAAGGAAAGAGCUCCAGCACCGGAGUUACAGAAAUUUGCAAUCCGAGUUCUUAGCCUAACUUAUAGUGCUACGGGUUGCGAGAAGAACUGGAGCGUUUUUCAACACCUUCAUUCAAAAAGGAGAAAUAGAUUGGCACAAAGUCGUUUAAAUAACAUGGUUUAUGUCAAGUUUAAUCGUGCUUUGCGACGGAGAUAUCAAAGAAAGGACACCAUAGAUCCUAUUCUUUUGAAGGAAAUAGAUGAAAGCAACGAGUGGUUGAUGGGCCAUAUGGACGAUGAAGAUGGUGAGGACGACUUUGUCUUUGAUGGAGAUGAUUUAACAUGGUCUACUGUUGUUAAAGCUUCCGAGGCAUCUCAAGCUACUUAUUCUACUAGAAGAACAUCUACAUCAAGAGAUAGAGGAAAUUUGAUUGAUGAAGACGAUGAAGAGAUAGAACAGACUAUUGGACUUUCUGAAGAUGAUGAGGAGAAGGAGGUGCUUGGGAUUGAUGUUGAUGACGAUGAUGAUGAAGAUGAGUUUUAG